AGGGGAAUUUGCCCUUUACCCAUUCAUAAUGUGGAAUGGCUCUCACGGAUUUCUCCGUGUGUUUUAUUCUGGUAAUUCUUGUACCAUAUUUCUUCAUAGAUGAGACUAGUAUUUAUGUAAAGUGCAAAAAUAUAAACUUUAAUAGACGAGGGAAAGAUAUUUUUGCAGUUUCUUCAAAAUGUGCGCCCCUUUACGGAGAUUCUUUGCAGAAUCUCUCAUUCCUAAGUUCAAACUUGGCAAGUUCCGGACUUGUACGCAAUUUCCACGAAAUUAAGAUGUCUUCCAAUUCAGAGGAUGCUGAAUCUGUGAAGGAUCUUGUGGAGCGCAGCAACGCCAGGGCUGGCAUAGGAGGAGACAAAGUCGAUGAAGACAAACCCAGAAAAUCCAACUCUCCGGAUGUAAGAGUCUACGCGCCAAGAAUAAUCUCCAAAAAAGUCAAGAGCAGAUACAAAUUCAGACCAACAAGAAUGCAAGGAAUAAAACUGCAUGAUGAAUCGUCAUUCAACACAGUUUCAAUGAUGAAGAUAAAUGGAGGUUCUAUACGGGGUCGAAAACUCUGUUGUCCACCCGUAUACAUCCGUCCCAUGAUGUCUAGGGUAAAAGGCGCUUUAUUCUCAUCCCUUCAACAUAUUGGCAUGUUCUCUCCGGAUCGAGAGUGCAGUGUAAUUGAUCUGUUUUGUGGCACUGGCUCUGUAGGAUUAGAGGCUCUCUCCUAUGGAGCAACCAACUGCACUUUUGUAGACAUAUCAAUGGAAUGUUGCAAGGCCACUUCAAUAAAUGCUGGACACUGUGGUUUCAAGGACAAGUCUAGGGUAUUAAGAGCGGAUGCAAUGGAAUCAAUAACAUCACCGUGGUUACACUCAAUUAACCAAAAGUUUGAUCUCCUCAUAGCUUGUCCACCAUACCAAGAGGUCAUAUACUCUGAAUUAAUAGAGAAGAUCGCAAACAGUACUAUUUUAAAUAAGAAUGCCGCCGUAGUAAUAGAAUAUCCCAAAGAAAUCAACUUCUUACCACAGAAUGUUGGAGACGGAAAACUUCUAGGGAUAAAAAAUCGCAGAUAUGGACGCACGAUCCUUGCAGUUUAUCUCUAUACUCCCUCAGAAAAUCGCAUGGAACUUGUAGAGUCCGCAGCGAAGGAGUUCGUACCAACAACAUACAGCAGGAAGAGACUCAAAAUAGAAGGAUUCAUCAAAAAGAGAGGGGAGGAAGACCCAUUUAUAAUGUAG